CAGCCCCGCGGGCCCGGCCCGACAAAGUGCUAGCGAGCUGCGACGUGACCUGCCGGCCGCGUGUGUGCCCGAGAGAGCGAACGAGGUAGCUGGCGAAGGACGCGACCGGGACCCUGGGCCCUGCGGGACUCCAGCUGUGUCACGUACACGCUUGGCGGCGCGAACCGCGCAUAACGAUACUUGGAUUUGAACUGCAUUUUGGAAAUCAUCUACACUUAAAAUGCCACCAGUAGUUGGAGGUCCAAUUGGAUACACUCCCCCGGAUGGAGGCUGGGGGUGGGCAGUAGUAGUUGGAGCUUUCAUUUCCAUCGGCUUCUCUUACGCAUUUCCCAAAUCCAUUACUGUGUUCUUCAAAGAAAUUGAAGGCAUAUUCAAUGCCACCACCAGUGAAGUGUCAUGGAUAUCCUCAAUCAUGUUGGCUGUCAUGUAUGGUGGAGGUCCUAUCAGCAGUAUCCUGGUGAAUAAAUAUGGCAGUCGUCCAAUCAUGAUUGCUGGUGGCUGCUUGUCAGGCUGUGGCUUGAUUGCGGCUUCUUUCUGUAAUACUGUUCAGGAACUUUACUUGUGUGUUGGAGUCAUUGGAGGUCUUGGGCUUGCCUUCAACUUGAAUCCUGCUCUGACCAUGAUUGGCAAGUAUUUCUACAAGAGGCGACCGUUGGCGAAUGGACUGGCCAUGGCAGGCAGCCCUGUGUUCCUCUCCACUCUGGCCCCUCUCAAUCAGGCUUUCUUUGGUAUCUUUGGCUGGAGAGGGAGCUUCUUAAUUCUUGGGGGUCUCCUACUAAACUGCUGUGUAGCUGGAGCCCUGAUGCGACCAAUAGGGCCCCCACCAACAAGUGCAGGGAAAGAUAGGUCUAAAGAAUCCCUUCAGGAAGCUGGAAAAUCUGAUGAGAAAAAGGGAGCAGGUGAUGCAAGUACAGAUCUUAUUGGAGGAAACCGCAAAGAAGAGAAACAAUCAGUCUUCCAAACAAUUAAUAAAUUCCUGGACUUAUCUCUGUUCACACACAGAGGCUUUUUGCUAUACCUGUCCGGAAACGUGCUCAUGUUUUUUGGACUGUUUACCCCUUUGGUCUUUCUUAGUAAUUAUGGCAAGAGUCAACAUUACUCUAGUGAGAAGUCUGCCUUCCUUCUUUCCAUUCUGGCUUUUGUUGACAUGGUAGCCAGACCAUCUAUGGGACUUGUAGCCAACACCAAGUGGAUAAGACCUCGAGUUCAGUAUUUUUUUGCGGCUUCUGUUGUUGCAAACGGAGUGUGUCAUCUGCUAGCACCUUUAUCCUCCAGCUAUAUUGGGUUCUGUGUCUAUGCGGGAUUCUUUGGAUUUGCAUUUGGGUGGCUCAGCUCAGUGUUGUUUGAAACACUGAUGGACCUCGUUGGACCCCAGAGGUUCUCCAGCGCCGUGGGAUUGGUGACCAUUGUGGAAUGCUGUCCUGUCCUCCUGGGGCCACCACUUUUAGGUCGUCUGAAUGACAUCUAUGGAGACUACAAAUACACCUACUGGGCAUGUGGUGUGAUCCUCAUUAUAGCAGGCAUCUAUCUCUUCAUUGGCAUGGGCAUCAAUUAUCAACUCGUGGCAAAAGAGCAGAAAGCAGAGAAGCAGCAGAAAAAGGAAAGUAAAGAGGAGGAGACCAGUGUGGAUGCUGCUGAGAAGCCAAAAGAAUAUGCAGCAGAAUCUGCAGAGCAGAAAGACACAGAAGGAAGUCCCAAAGAGGAGGAGAGUCCAGUCUAAACCUUUGGGGCGCAAGGGUCAAUCAAGCAGCUGUGACCCAAGAUCCCUAAAAAUAUCUACUGGCCUGUAAUCCAGCAGUGGUGCUCAAUGCCAAUAGUGGACAUGUGUGUGGGAAUUGUACCAGGUGUUCAGUGAUGGAAGUUUUGUUUUCACUCCUUACCAGCAGCCUGAAUUAAAAAUGCCAUACCUUUGGGGAGGGAGUGGUUGGCAAAGAAUGAGAGAAGGACGUAGUGUGGGGGUUUUUUUUUUUUUGUUUGUUUGUUUAAAUCCUAGCUUUUAACAGUGUCCAGAAGAUUUUAAUAUGUGCCUUAAGUUUUAGUCUUUAGAACUCUUUAGGGAGCCUUAACUUUUUAAACCAUUCUGCUGAAUUCAUCUAUUUUAAGUGUUAUGUUAUAAGGAAAAAUAACAACUAACUUGUUUCAGACAAAUCUAAAAUUUAAAAUUAAUCUUGCUUCAUUGUUAUUUGUAAUAUACUGUCAGGCAUCACCACUGGAAGAUUUAUGAAUAGAAAUACUGGUUAGAAGUUGGGAUUUUAUAAAAUCCUGACUAAAAUAUUUUCCUUGCAUCAGUAGUUGCCUGGCAUAGUGCCUGAUAAGCUAUAUAUUUAGGAAAUUUAAGGCAUAAAACUUUGGAAACAUCUUGGCCGUUCUAGACACAUCGUACUCAUCAGCACCCCUCUGGAAUCUUUUCUUGGGAUGCUAAUAUUAUUAGUGCUUGAGAAUUUAUUUCAUUAAAUUACUAUUUUCCCUUUUCAAAGACAAAUUUUGAGUGGUUAUAGACCAUUGCCCCCUUUGAAAUUACUUAGUAUUUUUCACUAUAAAAGUUAAUUUUAAAAUAUGCAAAAGUAUAUAUUUGUACCUCCUUAGUAAAUACAACACAUCUAAUUAAAUGUAGACAGAUAUUUCAAACAGCAGCUGAAUUCAGCUUCAGUUUUACCAAAACCUCAGUUAAACUGUGAGACUUAGAAUUUUUUUGUUGUUCAUUUUCCUGGAAUUUUCCCCCAUUGAUUCAUAGUGGUUCCAUUUAUAUCUGUGUCUAGCUUAGAGCUGUGUGUGAGAUAUUUAAUCUUUGUGUGCUUGUUUGUUUUUUUUUAAUGUUUGCUAAUAAAAGAAAGCCAGAGUGAUUUGGCCUCAGGCAAACCAGUAAGAAUAAGAUUGGGAGGGAAGUUGCUCCUUUUCUUUUUCUGAGGCCUGAAAAAAAUUAUGUUUUGCUUAUAAUUAUUGGACACAUUCUUACUACUCCACACAAAACUAAAGUAUUGUGACCCUUUUUACUUACUUGAAAAGUAGAGAAAUGAGUUUAGUAUAAGGAUAGGGAGGAAGGACGGACCAGAAUGAAAUCUGUAAAUAUUUUUUAACCUAAUAUCUUCUAAAAUGCACAAGAAGAUAAUGAUAGACACUCAAUAAAUUAUAUUCAGUGCAUUAAAAAAUAUCAUUGUAAUUGACACAGUGAAGUAUAGGUACAAAACCUUUUGUGUAAGAGGCUGGCUUUUCCAAAUAAACUUUUUUUUUCUUUUUUUUAAGAAAUGCUUCUCCCUCCAAAUGUUUAUUUUCUUGAGAAAAUAUUACUGUCUUCAUUUUCAUUAUCAAGAUCCAAUUUGGCCCUUGCUAAUAUUAAAUCAUUCAGCUUGUGU